CGAGGCUGUAGUCAGUGUGUGAGCAGUGAAGAGCAGAAGUCUCGUCGACACAGUUGAUCUCUGACAGUCACUUAGUCUCACUCUUCUUCUUCUUCUUCUUCUUCAUCUUCAUCUUCAUCAUCACCAUCAUCUUCUUCCAUGUCGGUUCUUCCUCUGGGGGUGAAAAUGUUGCGGCAGGUCUGGAGGUUGAAGGGCAUCAUCGUCCUCGUCUGCAGCCCCUUCAUCCUGCUGCCGCUCGCCGUCAGCACCACGGAGGCGGCCUGUGCUUAUGUCAUAGCCCUCAUGGCGGUGUACUGGUGCACUGAGGUGUUGCCGCUGCCGGUGACGGCGCUGCUGCCGACCAUCCUGUUCCCCGUCCUCGGCAUCAUGCAGUCCAAAGACGUGUGUAUGCAGUACCUGAAGGACACCAACAUGCUGUUUGUGGGGGGGCUGAUGGUGGCCGUGGCUGUGGAGCACUGGAACCUCCACAAACGCAUCGCGCUCAGAGUGCUGCUGCUGGUCGGGGUUCGACCCGCCCUGUUGAUGCUCGGCUUCAUGGGAGUGACGGCCUUUCUGUCCAUGUGGAUCAGCAACACGGCCACCACUGCCAUGAUGGUCCCCAUCGUCCAGGCCAUCCUGGACCAGCUCAACUGCAACGGAGACCCUGAACCUUCCCCCAAGACCCAGAGAAGGACUGUGGUUCUACACGAGGAACAUGCGGAGAAAACCAGCAGCAUCCUGCCAGCAGCUCCUCCUCUGGAGAACGGCCUGAAUGCUGUAACUUUGGCACAAGGAAUCUCAGAGAAAACCAGCAACCUAGAAGACAAGAUGUCCUCUGAGCAGAGAGCGUCAGAGGGUCAGCUGGACAGACAGGAAGUCAAACCUCCCCCCCAGGACAAACCUCCAUCAGACUACACAUACAGCGGACCAGUGUCGGUGGAGAAGGUCUGCUGUCAGAUGGAGCUGGAGGAGCUGAGUGACGAAGAGGAGGAGAGGAGGAAGAUGAGUAAAGGCCUCCUGCUGAGUGUGUGUUACGCUGCCAGCAUCGGAGGGAUCGCUACUCUGACCGGGACCGGACCCAACCUGGUUCUGAUCGGACAGAUGAACCAACUCUUCCCUAAUAACGGUGAUGUCAUCAACUUUGCGUCCUGGUUCGCGUUCGCCUUCCCCACCAUGGUGCUGAUGCUGACGCUCGCCUGGUUCUGGCUGCAGUUCCUCUACAUCGGCUGCAACCUGCGGAAGACGUGGGGCUGCGGGGCGGUUCAGUCGGAGAAGGAGCGAGCAGCGUCCGAGGUGAUCAGAGACGAGUAUCGCCGUUUGGGCCCGAUGAGUUACGCAGAGAUCAGCGUCCUGGCGCUGUUCAUCCUCAUGGUGGUGCUGUGGUUCACACGAGACCCGCGCUUCGUGGACGGCUGGGCGACUCACGUCUUCAACGCCAAGGCCGAGUUCGUCACUGACGCGACCGUCUCUCUGUUUGUCGCCAUUCUGUUGUUUGUUCUUCCCUCCGAGCCGCCGUACUUCCUCUGCUUCUGGAGGAGGUCUGACACAGGUAACACACACACACACACACACACACAAACACACACACACACACACACACACACACACACACACACACAGCAGACAGACAACAUUGAUUUGUGUGUGUUUUUUUUAUCCAAUCAAGAGUCCCAGGUGUCGCGAGGCCCCGCCCCUCCUCUGCUCACCUGGCAGGUUACACAGAAGAAGAUGCCGUGGAACAUCCUCCUGCUGCUGGGAGGAGGCUUCGCUCUGGCCAAAGGCAGCGAGGAGUCUGGUCUGUCCCGCUGGCUCGGUGAUCAGAUGACGCCGCUCCACUCCAUCCCUCCCUGGGCCAUCGCCGUCAUCCUCUGCCUCCUCAUCGCCACCUUCACCGAGUGUGCCAGCAACGUCGCCACGGCAACGCUCUUCCUGCCCGUCCUUGCCUCCAUGUGCCAGUCUAUAAGCCUGAACCCUCUGUACGUGAUGAUCCCCUGCACGCUCAGCGCCUCCUUCGCCUUCAUGCUGCCGGUGGCCACGCCCCCCAACGCCAUCGUCUUCUCGUAUGGUAUCCUCAAAGUGUCCGACAUGGCUAAAGCCGGCGCGGUGAUGAACAUCCUCGGGAUCGGCUGCAUCAGUCUGGCCAUCAACAGCUGGGGUCGCGUCAUGUUCAGCCUGGACUCUUUCCCUUCGUGGGCCAACACCACUGCACCGGUGUAGAACCAACAACCUGCUGCCUCAUCUUCACUGUCAGGCCUCAUCACUCAAAUCAACUCUGAGAUUUUGGGUGAAAUUAGUUUUUGUGUUGUGCAGCCUGUGACUGCUGCUUCUGAGCCACCAGGAACAUCGACUUGAUGUCUGGACCUCCUCAGUGCUGAUGUACAGAGUGUCACAGUGUUUUAUCAGACUCAGGCUCCACUAAAGGAUCCGUCAGCUGCUGCAGUUACACUGACUGAAUGCUGUCUUGUGCUUUUCUGGUUUACAGUUUCCUCUAACUGGACCCCUCAGUGGCUUCUUUGACUGUUUUAGAAUCAGUUCACUGACUAGUUCAGCAAUGUCAUCACUGUUGACAGGGUUGUGUAGGCUGAACCCAGACAGUUACACAAUAAGCCAAGUGUAAUGAAAUCACAGCAGUGUCGUGCAGAUAUAGUUUUAAUUAGGAAUCCAAGAUGACACUUAAUUAAAGCCAUUUACUUUC